ACACCUAACGUUCCUAUUUGCUAUCUUAUCGUGUUUAUAGAAUGAUAACAUAUCAACGGGCACACAAUGUACUAACUCUUCAGUCGCUGGCCACAAUACUAACGCACCUGUCGUAUAAAAAACAAUAAUCAAUGAGAUAACAGGAACUGAUGACCUCAAAUAAUGUGAUGAAAUCGGGAUAGUGCGAACAAUGGGUGUUAAAAUUAAAAUAGCUUUAGUUCUUCUUGUAGCUUUAAGUGUUAGUGGACAAGAUUUAAUUGUUAAUGAAGAAAAUGAAACUAUUAGUGAUGUGGACACUAAGUUAGAUGAAGCGGUCGAGAAUGUAGAAGUAAGUGUAGAUAAAGAAACAGCUCCAGUAGAAGUUAUAUCAGACACGAAUGAUUUACAAGUUCGGAAUGGAAAAUAUCAAAUGUUGGAUGAUACAGUCGAAGGAGCGGUAUCUGAUUUGACUGACAUCGCUAUUGAUACAAAUAAUGAACAAAAUGAAAGGCAAAUUUUGAUGCCGAGCACGACUGCACCAACGAACAAUGAUUUUGCUCACAUCGACGGCCGCGUGCUACCCUCAACAACGUACCAGAACAAUGGUCAACCCUACGUCAUCACACCACAGCGGCUGGCACAAGUCAGAUCCAACUUCAUGUACUGGUUCUAUGAUCAGGGUGGUAAUGAGAACAUCGGGGAUUACCAACGCGAUAUACACACGUCCACGCCGCAGAUACACAAGAAUUUUAAUUUCCAACUACCCUUCUUUGGAUUCAGAUUUAAUUAUACGAGGUUAUCCAUGAAUGGGUACAUCUACUUCAGUGACCCACCUGACCACUAUACGUACCCGUUGUCGUUCCCUGUGCGCGACUGGCCCGCAGUCAACGACCCUUCUUUCAUCGGAAUCUUCUUCAGCAAAUGCCGAAUCGGCAGCCAGCGACCAGAAGACCCGGACCAAAGAAGACCAGGCGUGUACUUCAGGAUGGACAGAGAUUUACAGACUCGUACUGACCAGUUGGGAGUGGAAAUGAGAGAGCGUAUAACUUGGGACAUCCGCGAGGGUGUCAUCGGCUCAGACACUUUCUUCCCCAAGCAUGCCAUCACUAUGACAUGGAAGAAUAUGUCAUUCGCCGGCGGUAUUGAUAAUUCUUUGUUUGUGACAAACACUUUCCAAAUGGUACUCGCGACCGAUGAAGUGUUUACGUACGCUAUCUUCAACUAUCUGGAGAUCAACUGGAGUUCGCAUACUGAGGCUGGUGGUGAUACCACUACAGGAGAAGGGGGUGUUCCCGCAUACAUUGGUUUCAACGCAGGCAACGGUACACAGAGCUAUGAAUACAAACCUUACUCUCAGGCGUCUGUGCUCAGAGAUCUCACUGGUAGAGGUUGGGCUAAUGGUUUCCCUGGUCGGCAUAUAUUCAGAAUUGACGAAAAGAUACUUAUGGGCACUUGUAAUAAGGACAUUGACGGUGCGAAUCUGCCUCUAAUGUUUGCACCUGAGAGUGGCAACAUGCUCGGCGGUACUAUUGUUAACAUCACUGGUCCAUGCUUCAACCCUAAUGAUAGGAUCACGUGUCGCUUCGACACCGAGUCCGUAGUUGGUGCGGUUGUCGACGUAAACAGAGCUAUCUGUGUCCAGCCUCGCUUCUGGCAUAACGGUUAUGCUAGAUUCGAAAUUGCGAUUAACAACGAACCUUAUAAAUGGAAAGGGAAAUUUUUUGUUGAAACGCCUGCAACAGCAGCCGAAAAGAUAUUCUUCCCCGACAACGCGAUACACGAACGUAGUCCUCGAGAGAUACGAAUCACUUGGGACCGGUUUAACUUGACCUCAAAUCUAAACGUUCAACUCCAGAUCAGUCUUUGGGGCUACAAGGAAAUCACAAUCAGACCACAAUUAGAAUACAUCGACAUGAUAGAAGUAGGUGUCGCCAAUACUGGAGAGUAUAUAAUUAAUCCAGAAAACUUCCGCAACAGAGAGAAUAUAAUGCAUAACGACAUGCAGUUCGGGUUCAUACAGAUCAAUUUGACAACACCUGAAGUGUUCAAAGGAGUUCCUAUAUCGCCUAUACUUUGGAGUCGUCCGAUCCCUCUAGGCUGGUACUUCGAUAAGCAAUGGGAACGACUGCACGGUCAGCGUUGGCCGAUGUCAAUGUGCAACAACUGGCUACGCACGGACCGAUUCCUAAAGAACUUCGCCUCUCAAAUCUGGAUCUGUCCUUGCACAUUGGAACACGCGCUGUUGGAUAAGGGACGGUUCAUGCCUGACCUGGGAUGUGAUAAAGAUACCAAUCCCACUUGUAGAUACCAUUGGGGAGGUGUACACUGUGUCAGAAGUGGUGCUCCAAGCGCUGAAGGUUCCGGACAGCAAUGCUGUUACGACAAGAACGGUUUCCUUAUGCUCUCCUACGAUCAAAUGUGGGGUUCACGUCCGCAUCGGUCGCAUGACUUCGGAUUCACACCUUACAACGAGGCCAAUAAAGUACCAUCGUUGUCCCAUUGGUUCCAUGACAUGAUUCCAUUCUACCAGUGCUGCAUGUGGCAAGAGGAACAGGCUGUGGGCUGCGAAACCUUCAGAUUCGAGCGUCGGCCAUCACAAGACUGUGUGGCAUACCAGUCUCCAGGAGUGGCAGGAAUAUUCGGCGAUCCACACAUUAUUACUUUCGACGACCUACAGUACACUUUCAACGGAAAAGGAGAAUACGUGCUGGUACGAGUAGACCAUCCUCACCUUAAGCUGGAUGUUCAAGGACGAUUCGAACAAGUACCCAGAAACAUCUAUGGUCCAGUGAAUGCUACGCAUUUGACGUCAAUUGUAGCAGCUUCUAACAAUUCUGUUCCGAUUGAGGUUCGUUUACGGCCACAACAUGCCCAAUGGCGAUACAGACUAGACGUCUUUGCUGACAACAAACGAAUAUACUUCGACCGUCCUGCUCUAAGAGUCCAAUAUUUCCCAGGUGUUACCGUCUACCAACCUAUGUAUAUUCUCAAUCAAUCGGAGAUAGUGAUCAUGUUCUCAUCGGGCGCCGGUAUAGAAGUAGUGGAGAACAAGGGCUUCAUGACGGCCAGAGUGUAUUUACCUUGGAACUAUAUGAAUCAAACUCGAGGAUUAUUCGGAAACUGGUCCCUAGACUUAAAUGAUGACUUCAUGCGGCCCGAUGGCACACUGGCAACCGUUGACGUCAAUAACUUUCAAUCGGCACACAGAGACUUCGCACAGCAUUGGCAACUAACUGAUCGUGAGCAAAGGGACAUAGGUGUUGCAAUGUUCGUGAGAGAGUACGGUCGUACAGCGGCAUAUUACAACGACAACCAAUUUAUACCGAACUUCAUAAGAGAACCGGCUGAUUUCUUACCAACGAAUCGAUCUCAUGACGUGGACAGAGCUAUAGAAAUCUGUCAAGAUUCUUACCAAUGUCGAUAUGAUUAUGGUAUGACGUUAAACAGAGAUAUGGCAGAGUUCACAAAGAAUUAUCAAUCCUCUUUAACAAACAUAAAGGAACAGAACGCACGACGAGUAAUCAGUUGCGGUAUUUUAGAAACUCCACGUUUCGGAAGAAAAAGUAAUUUCUUCUUUACGCCGGGAACCAGGGUCAACUUCGAAUGCAACCAAGACUUCAUCCUGAUAGGCGAUAAGCGUCGCGUUUGUGAAGACAACGGUAGAUGGAAUCUCCCAGAUUAUGGAUAUACGGAGUGUCUACGUAACCAAGAGUAUUCUCAACGCGCUCUAUUCUUGACUUGGGGCAUCAUCGUGGCAGUUAUUCUACCAUUAGGCCUCCUCAUUUGCCUCCUUUGGUUCUGGUGUUGUUAUAAACCAAGAUCCGAGGGCAAAGAGACAUUCAGCUUCCAGAACAUUCCACGAUCAAAAUCCGCAUCGCGACUUAAUCUAAGAUCCUCCUCAAUGGGGAACAUCACAGAUACAAUGAAAUCUUCCACUUUACCCGACACCCCCACCGAAGAGAAACAAAAGGCGAACUUAGUCAGGUCUGCCCCACCUCCUCCCACUGACGGAGAAAGUUCAGGCUUAGGGUAUACAGAUUCCAACAAAAGCGACUCUGGAAAAUCGGACAAGUCCACUUUACCUAAGAAACGUCGAGCCUAUGACAAAACUUACCGUACUAAUGAGCCCUUACCGAACGCACCCGAUGUUGAAUUCCCCGAAAAGCUUUGGGAUUUAUCUGAAGAAGAUUUGCUUUCUAUAACUUCCCCAUCGGAUUCCGAAUCCAAUCGUGAGUCGACUUUAACUCGACCAGCUAAAGAUAUAGAGUACGUUAGUAAGCCACGUCAGACUGGACGUAACGCGCUUCCCAGUGACUCUGGUUACUCCACAAAAGACGGCUCCGAAGACCCUUACGCUCCCAAAUUCGAGGACCAAUAUAGCCCUAUCCCCUCCCAUUAUUCACCUACUUACUCCGAAAUCUAUUCUCCACCAAUAAGCCCUACUUCGGAUGUCAGUCCUAGAAACACUUAUAACAAUCCCGGUUUACCAGAAGCACCUAAAAGUGCUCCUCCUACUGAAAUCAAAACUUUCACAAUGCCACCGCAAAGAGGCCGACAAGAAUAUUCCGCAAGGACUCUGGGAGCGACUUGGGGCAUCAUCAGUGCAGUCAUGGUGCCCAUCGUCAUCCUGCUCAUAUGCGUUGGCUGGCGCAUCCUUAAGAGAAGGAAGGAAGAUGACAAGGACGAAAAUGAUUAUCUAAAUGUGAGAACGCGAGCGAUCGACCCCGACGACUCGUUCAAAGUGAAUUCCGACGACGACAGUAUCCCUUACAAGAAGGACACCACAGAAGAUACUCCGGAGCCGACAGAGGCUGUCAAAGUUGCAGAUGACAAUGAACAACCAACAUACCCUUAUGGUCAGCCUUAUCAAGAACAGCCACAACAAAGUCAACCGCGACAGUGGACCGGUGAAACAGAAAUUAACUAAAACGUUCUUUCACUGAACUUGGAGUUUGAUGGGUACUUAAAAGACUCUUAGUGUAG